UCCCCUCACCACGGUGCUGGACGUCAUGAGCAUAGUAAUCCCUCUGGGAGUCACCACACCAGAUACAUCGUACUCAGACAUGGCUGCUGGAUCAGACCCCGAGUCGGUGGAAGCAAGCCCCGCCGUCAAUGAAAAGAAUAACUAUUCCAAUCACAUCUGUGGGACCGCUCAGAAUCCUGGGUACCGAGGAUUACCCUACGCAGAUCACAACUAUGGUGCCCCACCUCCCCCCACUCCGCCAACGUCCCCGUCCACACAAACCAUCAUCCCGCGGGUGGAGCUUAACGGGGUGCGCUCGCGUUACGAGGACAAUUCGGCUGACAGUGACAGCUCCUCCGACGAAAACGGCUGCAGGUGGUGUCACUGCAGCCUGACACAGGAUGGCUUUGUCCUCAAAUGUGAAAACUGCAGGGGUUUAGACAGGCGGAAAGGGAUUGGAGUCCAGCGAAGGAAACAAGAAAAUGUGUCUGGCGGUGAGAGUAGCGCCACAGAGAGUGGGGAUGAGGAGGUGACCCCGCCAGCAGUGUCCUACACUGCCACGCAGCACACUCCUACCAGCAUCACUCUCACUGUCAACCGCGUCAAGAGAUCCAAAACCAAAAAGAGAAAGAAAAGCACGGAGAAAACACGCAGCGCCCCAAAAGCAAAGAAAGUCAAGGUAUCGGCUCCUCCGGCUUUCCGAGAAGGUUCUAGGAAAUCGAUGCGAAUGAAGAAUUCAACGACGGAGGCUAACACCCUGGAUGAGAACACGGCAGAGGGCUGGGAGAACCGGAUCCGGCUCUGGACAGAUCAGUAUGAAGAAGCGUUCUCUAAUCAGUACAGCGCUGACAUUCAGAACUUACUGGAGCUGCAGCGCAUCACCAACAAGGAUUCUGUGGGGAAAAACGCAACAAUGGACACCAUCAACAAAACCGAGUUAGCUUGUAACAACACAGUCAUCGGCUCUCAGAUGCAGUGGAAUGGUUUCCUUGUUUGCUCACAGCUCCAGCUUGGGAGGGUGACGCGAGUGCAGAAACACAGGAAGAUACUUCGAGCUGCGCGGGAUCUGAUGCCUAACACCCUGAUCAUAGAGUACCGAGGGAAGGUCAUGCUGAAGCAGCAGUUUGAAGUCAAUGGGCAGUUCUUUAAAAAACCAUACCCCUUUGUACUUUUUUACUCCAAGUUUAAUGAGGUUGAGAUGUGUGUGGAUGCACGGACAUUUGGGAAUGAUGCACGGUUCAUCAGAAGAUCCUGCGCACCCAAUGCUGAGGUUCGGCACGUGAUUGCUGAUGGGAUGAUCCACUUGUGUAUCUAUGGCAGCACUCGCAUCACAAAGGAUACUGAAGUAACCAUUGGCUUUGACUACGAAUUCAACAAUUGCAAUUAUAAAGUGGACUGCGCGUGUCAUAAAGGGAACCAGAACUGCCCGGUGCAGAAGCACAACCUGAGCCCUAUGGAGCCACUGCCACUUCAUCCUCCCCCACCCACACCCCCACAGGUGGGAGCAAUGACCAGACGCAGUAAAGCCAGGCAGAAAGAGCUGGAGGUGGGCAACCAGGACAACCCGUCCGAUGAGAACAGCAACCAACAGUCUGAGGACCUGCAUGAUUCCAAAGAGUUCCAGAGACUUGGAGCUGCGGGCAGUGACACAGAGGGGGGAGAUGAUGAUAGGUUGAAGCUAGAAGAUAAUGAAGAGACUGAAAAUGACAAGAAUGCAAUCCUAAAUAAACAGUCGCAGGAUGAUCGGAAAGCUGAAGCCAUCAUGCAUGUGUUUGAGAACUUGGAAAAAAAGAAAAGGAGGAAUAUCCAGAGCCAGGAGAGGAUCUGCAGCACUUCAGGGGCAGCUUCCAGUCCCGCAACACCCACGGCACAGGAGCCUAAACUAGAUACCACCGAGACCGAGGAUCCCAAUCUUGCCUCAGCAGUGACACAGACAUCCCAAAACACCGGGGUGGGGGUCAGCACCCGCCGAUCCGCUCAGAGCACAGAGUUGCUAGUGGUGGAGAAACCACCUGCUAAGCCUGCUCCUGCCAGAUCGUCCAAGCCACGGCCAAAGAGCCGUCUCUCCCGAUACCGUUCCAGCUCUUCACAGCGCGCACGGCGACAGCGGCAGGCAAUGGCUCAGCAGGCAGCAGAGCAGGGGCAGGUAGCCAUGGAGGAGGGGUUAUCAGGGGCCUGUGGUGCCGAGCCAGGGAGCGCAGAAGGGGGACUGGCCAGUGGACUUCCCCUUGAUGUAGAUGGAGCAGCUGGGAUUGCUUCUGGAUCCCUGGGUAAUCGAGCAAACCUCCGAUACCCCAAGACUAAAACGUACCUGGUGACGGAGUGGUUGAACGAUAAGGUUGCUGAGAAGCCCGAAUCCCCGAUCGACUGGCCACUACGAAUAACCACGGACCCCACAGUACUGGCUACUACCCUGAACAUGCUUCCCGGUCUCAGCCACUCGCCUCUCAUCUGCACAGCCCCCAAACACUACAUCCGCUUUGGCUCCCCCUUCACACCCGAGAGACGCAGGCGCCCUGUCAUCCUUGAUGGAACCUACGGCUCCUGUAAAAAGCGUUGGAUGAAGCAAGCGUUGGACGAAGGCAUGUCAACCAAGACCGGGGAUAGUGGAACGGAGUCUCAGUCAUCACACCAAAGUCACAGCUGCAGCAGCACCUCAAACCCCAGCCCCUGUAACACAGAGUUAACAGCGCCCCUUAAGAAACGGAAAUCCUAUGUGCCGGAGGGAAACCCCUUGGAGCUGCUGCGACCGCUCUCCCCCAUCACCCCCCCUCCACCCUUGUCAGAUACUAUGAGCCCCCUGUUGGCAGCUUCUUGCGCCCUUCUCCUGGGAGGGGAAGAGGACAAGCACAAUGGAUACAUGUACUCUCCCCUUCACUCCCUUGCUGCUAGUCGCUGUAACACCCCGCUGCAGUUUGAGAACAUAUCCUCCCCUGAGAGUUCCCCUGCGCAUAGGCCUGAGUCCCUGUCACCAGAGCCUUGUCUCCGAACAGAUUUUGACCAACCCCAGACAAGUUGUCCGGAUCUGUCUGUUCUCUCUGGCAUGGCAAGCCCUGUCUUGUCUGCGACAGGAUCAUCUGAGGAUUUUGCUUCUGUACAGACACCCCUUGUUGCUGGGGUGCCAUUCAGCAGUACAACUGAUGCAGUCUUCAGUGGGAGGAGCUUGGAAUGCCAGGCACAGGCACAGGCACAGGCCCAGGCUAAGGAGCAGGCUUUCAGGACGGAGUUUAACCUCAUCUACGCCUGCUCCCCUUUGAACGCUAAUUUGCUGGCAUCCGGGAACCUUGCAGAGGGAACGGGACGGGGGUCUGCUGUUGGCAGUGACAGGAGAACAUCGCUGUCAGAAGGGGGGUUCUCCCCUGGAGAAGCCAUUUUUGGUCGACAGAGUCAGGGACUCCUGAACGAGCCUGCCCAGGGUGCAAUGUCACCCUAUGGAGAUAGACAGUAUGUUUACUCCGAGAGUGGAACACCACCCCAUAACCCACCACAAAAAAAGAAGGUCUCUCUGUUGGAGUACAGAAAGCGGAAGCAAGGAACAAAGGAGAGCUUCCUAGGCGAGCCAGGUAAAUUGGUGGGCACGCCAACCAGGUCCAGCAGCAGCUGCAGCAGCAACGCAGAGUCCCCUCAUGUCACACGCACCACUCUGCGGCACCCCACCUCCCCACAGAGCGGCUUCUCCUCCCCGGUUCACCCGUCCAUCCCUCAGAUAGAGGAGGUUAGCCCCCCAGAGCCCUGCACCAGCCGACACUUUGGAGCCUCAACAGCUGGCUCCCACAGCAAACCUCAGGACACCAUCAGCAGCCGCUGGAUGGUGCCCACAUCAGUUGAGAGGCUACGAGAGGGUCAGGGGGUGCUGGAGAGAGUCUUGCGAGGGAGCAUGAAGAUGGAGCGUGUGCUGAAGAGAGUGGAGUCCACUUCAGGAGAGACCAGAGAGAGAGACUCAGAUUUCACAGAGGGGGAAAGUUUAGAAAUGCAAUCCAUUUCUCUUUCUAGAGGCUCACCUAUACACAGCCCCCAAAGAUACAGUCACAGUCCCUCGCGAUACAAUCACCAGCUGCAGCCAGUUCAUUCUGAAGGACACCAACCAGAACCUCAGACUUUCCUACAGGAGAGCAUGUCUCCAUUUAGAGGCCACGGCAGCACGUAUAGCUACUCAACACCAUCACCUGGGCAUGGCUACAGGCCCACAACACACACAAUGAGCCAUGGGGCAGCCCAGAGCCAGCUAGAUCCCUCACUGCAGCCUUCAUCCUACUCCAGCCCAGUCCAUUAUUCCUCCUCUUCCUCUUCCUCGUCCUCCUCCUCCUUGGACUCCUCUAUGGCGCCCAUUGGCGGGAACAUCGGACACUAUGGUAGCAGUCAACAGCAUUCUGGAAGCAGCGUACACUUGUACGGUGGCAGCCAUCUAAAGACAAACCUGCUUUCUAGCCAGUCCGCGGCUGUAUCUGCUGCAUGCUCGCUUACACCGGGCAACCAUAAAACUGUAACAGACUCAAGCGUGGUUCUUCCAACCACCAAUGCUGCUUCGGUUAAUGCCACCUCCACUUCACAGAGCUCCAGACUCUCACAAUCUGACUUACGAACCUUAAGCCCAGUCAGCCCUGGACAGACUGUCCUGCAGUCUGGAACCAGGCUAUUAGCAGCAGCAGCGGCAGCCAACUCACAGCACUACCAACAUCGGGGAACAGCAUUGAGCCAGUACCAGCAUCCACAGAUACAAGGAUCUGGAGUACGGACACAAUCGGAAACCUAUUAGAUUAAAUAGAUCUAAUCUGUGGGGUGUAUGGACCAAACAGUCAUUUGGGAUUGAUUUCCACCUGGGCCUGUUUUUAUAGACUUUUGCUUCACCAAAGGCAUAAUAAAUAAUGAACAGGCCUUGGUUUUAAUUACAGUACGAACAACAAAAAAAAGACUGUAUAGAAUUUCAAGUAUCCCUCCCUGUUCACCUAUAACUCAGAUUGACAGAUAAUGUACAAAUAAGAGAAAUAGAAAACAAAAUAAUGCAUGUACCUGUUUAGGUACAUAAGAAAAAAUAAACAGAAGCAGAAAUAAUUUGGUUAGGCAUCUUUUGUUUGGUUUAACCAAAACAUUAGUCAGUAAAAAAAGCGUGUGUGUGUGUAAAUAUAUAUAUAUAUA